CCCUGGCUGAGCAUGGCCCUUCCAGCCCUGGGCCUGGACUCCUGGAGCUUCCUGGGCCUUUUCCUCUUCCAGCUGCUCCUGCUGUUCCUGCCACCGCCGACAACUGCGGGGGGUGAAGGGCAGGGACCCACACCCAGGGUCAAAUACUAUGCAGGGGAUGGACGCAGAGCUCUUAGCUUCUUCCACCAAAAGGGCCUCCAGGACUUUGACACUCUGCUCUUGAGUGAUGAUGGAGGCACUCUCUAUGUGGGGGCUCGAGAGGCCAUUCUGGCCUUGAAUAUCGAGGAUCCUGGGGUGCCAAGGCUGAAGAACAUGAUACCCUGGCCAGCCAGUGACAGAAAAAAGAGUGAAUGUGCCUUUAAGAGGAAGAGCAAUGAGACACAGUGUUUCAACUUUAUUCGUGUCCUGGUAUCCUUCAACGCCACCCAUCUCUAUGCCUGCGGCACGUUCGCCUUCAGCCCUGCUUGUACCUUCAUUGAACUCCAAGACUCCAAACUGUUGCCCAUCUCGGAGGACAGGGUCGUGGAGGGGAAAGGCCAAAGCCCCUUCGACCCCACCCAUAAGCACACGGCUGUCAUGGCAGAUGGGAUGCUCUUUUCCGGCACCAUGAACAACUUCCUGGGCAGUGAGCCCAUCUUGUUGCGCACUCUGGGAUCCCAGCCUGUCCUCAAGACUGACAAUUUCCUCCGCUGGCUGCAACCGGACGCCUCCUUCGUGGCAGCCAUCCCUUCCACCCAGGUGGUCUACUUCUUCUUCGAGGAGACAGCCAGCGAGUUUGAGUUCUUCGAGAAGCUUCACAUUUCCCGGGUGGCCCAAGUCUGCAAGAAUGACGUGGGUGGCGAAAAGUUACUGCAGAAGAAGUGGACCACCUUCCUAAAGGCCCAGCUGCUUUGCACCCAGCCGGAACAACUUCCCUUCAACGUUAUCCGUCACGCUGUCCUGCUGGCAGACAAUUCCUCCACCGAUCCCCAGGUCUACGCAGUCUUUACCUCUCAGUGGCACCUUGGUGGGACCAGGAGCUCUGCUGUCUGCGCUUUCUCACUCAAGGACAUCAAGAAUGUCUUUGAGGGGAAGUAUAAGGAACUGGACAAAGAGACUUCACGCUGGACUACUUAUGAAUAUCCUGAUAUCAGUCCACGGCCAGGCAGUUGCUCCGAGGGCCCCUCCUCUGACAAAGCCUUGACCUUCAUGAAGGACCAUUUCCUGAUGGAUGAGCCGGUGGUGGGGACACCCCUGCUGGUGAAGUCUGGUGUAGAGUACACAUGGCUUGCGGUGGAGACAGCCCAGGGCAUCGACGGGCAGAGCCAUCUGGUCAUGUACCUGGGCACCAGCACAGGCUCCCUCCAUAAGGCUGUGGUGAGUGGCCACCACAGUGCUCAUCUGGUGGAGGAGAUUCAGCUGUUCCCUGACCCUGAACCUGUUCGCAACCUGCAGCUGGCCCCUACCCAGGGAGCAGUGUUUGCAGGCUUCUCAGGAGGCAUCUGGAAGGUUCCUCGAGCCAACUGUAGUGUCUACGAGAGCUGUAUGGACUGUGUCCUUGCCCGGGACCCUCACUGUGCCUGGGACCCUGAGUCUCAAACCUGCCGCCUCCUGCCCACCCCAAUCGUGAAGUCCUGGAAGCAGGACAUGAAGCAAGGGAACCCAGAGUGGGCAUGUGCCAGUGGCCCCAUGGGCAGGAGUCUGGGGCCCAGGAGCCGCCCCCAAAUCAUUAAAGAAGUCCUGGCUGUCCCCAACUCCAUCCUGGAGCUCCCCUGUCCCCAGAGCUCGGCUCUGGCCUCUUACCACUGGAGUCACGGGGUAGAAGCCAUCCCAGAGGCCCCUUCCACAGUUUACAAUGGAUCCCUCUUGCUGCUUCUGCGAGACGGGGCAGGGGGUCUCUAUCAGUGCUGGGCCACUGAGAAUGACUUCUCAUACCCUGUGGUCUCCUAUUGGGUGCACAGUCAGGACCAGCCCCUGGCCCUGGACCCCAAACUGGCGGGCAUUCCCCGGGAGCGCAUGGAGGCCCCGCUGACCAGGGUUGGCGGCGGGGCCGCCCUGGCUGCCCCGAAGUCCUACUGGCCCCACUUCCUCACCGUCACUGUGCUCCUUGCCCUGGUGCUUUCAGGAGCCCUCAUCACCUUCCUUGCAUCCCCAUUGGGGGCACUCCGAGCCCGGGGCAAAGUCCAAGGCUGUGGGACCCUGCCCCCCAGGGAGAAAGCCCCACUGAGCAGCGAGCAGUGCCUCCAACCUCCCAAGGAAAGCAGGACCUCUGCCAGUGAUAUGGACGCCGACAACAACCUCCAGGGCACAGAGGUGGCUUAG